UUAUAUUUUUGCUUUAGGCAUACCUUCUUGAGCUGAUGGAGUAUGCCAUCGAGUCCCUGGGCUACGAAGAAGCGGCCACCGACUCCACCACUAGAAUCCUGAACCGCAUGCAGCUCCUGAACUACGCUUGCAACCUUGGCCAUGAGGGCUGCAUUGCUGACAGCUUGGAGAAGUGGAACGCUUUCAAGGCUAACCCCACAAGCAGUUUAGUCCCCGUGAACGCUCGCCGCUACGUCUACUGCGUCGGACUGAGGCACGGUGACGCUACCGACUACAACUUCCUCUUCGACCAAUACGAGACCUCUGAGAACGCCGCCGACAUGAUCGUCAUCCUCAGAGCUCUUGGCUGCACCAAGGAUGAGAACCGGCUUCAGCACUACUUGCAGCAGUCCUUGACCAACGACAAGAUCCGCUAUCACGACAGGACCAACGCCUUCGCCUACGCUCUUGCAGGAAACAGGGAGAAUUAUCAGACCGUCGUCACAUUUUUGCAGAAUAACUUGGCUGACAUCAGAGUGCUCUAUGGUGGUGUGGCCAGAUUGAAUGUAGCCAUAAAUGCACUUGUUACUUACUUGACUGACUUUGAGGAUAUUACUAGCUUCCAAGCCUGGGCGUACGAAAACCAAUUGGCACUUGAAGAUUCCUUCCAAACCGCCAAGAAUGUGGUUGCAACAGCCGUCACUAACAUCCAGUGGGGCAACAGCGUCGUCAGAGAUAUCUACUCUUUCCUUCGAGGAAGAAAUGCGGCUGGCGCCAUCACUGCCCCUACCUUUGUUGCCUUGCUAUUGGCAGCCAUAAUGGCUCACUUCAUCCGUUAAUUUAAAAUAUUUUUUAAGAAUACUUUAAGUCUAACA